CCUGGGCGGGGCGUUCACACAUAGUGCAUACGUCAGGGGUUACCGCCCGGCCACAGAGCUCUCAGGUCUCACUGCAGUAAUGGCUUAUCCAGGGCAUCCCGGGGCAGGAUACUACCAGGCAGGGUAUGGCGGUGCUCCAGGUGGCGCUCCUUUUCCUGGCCAACACCAAGAUCCCAUGUAUGGAUACUUUGCUGCAGUUGCAGGACAGGACGGUCAGAUUGACGCUGAAGAGCUUCAGAGGUGUCUAACCCAAUCGGGCUUCUCUGGAGGAUAUAAACCAUUCAACCUGGAAACAUGCAGGCUCAUGAUCUCUAUGCUGGAUCGAGAUAUGUCUGGAAAGAUGGGCUUUAAUGAAUUUAAAGAGCUUGGGGCUGUACUCAAUGGCUGGAAACAACACUUUAUUAGCUUUGAUGCUGACAGGAGUGGUUCCAUCGAUGGAAUGGAGUUGCAUAGGGCCAUGGCCACCAUGGGCUUUAAUUUGAGUCCCCAGGCCUUGAAUAACAUCGCAAAGAGAUACAGCACCGGUGGGAGAAUCACAUUUGAUGAUUACAUUGCAUGUUGUGUCAAAAUGAGAUCGCUGACAGAUGCGUUCCGAAGAAGGGAUCAUGCCCACCAGGGCAUAGUUAACUUCCAGUAUGAUGAUUUCAUUCAAUGUGUCAUGAGUAUCUAAACUCUGCUGGAAAAAUGUGAAGAGCAGAUGACAUUUGCCUAUUUACCCUUUUGUACCAUUCCUGAAAUGCAAAUGUCUAUUUGUAACCACUCAUGUUAAAUGUUUGUAUUUUUUUAUUUUAUUAAAAUGUGAUGCGUACUAAA